GUUGUCACGUGACUGUACAGUUUACAAACGUCUGCUCCACAUGACGAGCUGAGGGGAAGGUGACAAAAGACACGAUAAUGGGAAGUUUGCAGAAAGCGGUGUCAAGUGAAGGAUACCCUCCUUUCAAGCUCAACAGACCGAAAUAUGAUCAGGGCAAUUUUCAUGGUCGACUGCGGCACUUCAUCGAUGUAAUAGAUCCACGCACGCUGUUUACUACAGAGGCAAAGCUGCAGGCUUCUAAAAGACUGCUGGAUGACUUCAAACAUGGCCGCCUUGAGCCCUCCACUACAGACAAGCAGUUGUGGGAUGCACAGAAGAUAAAGCAGUCCAUGAUCCACCCAGACACAGGGGAGAAGAUCUUCAUGCCAUUCCGUAUUUCAGGAUUCGUCCCAUUUGGUGCUCCCAUUGUGGUAGGUCUUUUGCUGCCCAAUCCUAGCAUGGUCCAGACAGUAUUCUGGCAGUGGAUUAACCAGAGUCACAAUGCUUGUGUCAACUACGCAAACAGGAAUGCAACAAAGGAGACUCCCAUGUCCAGGUUCCUCAUGGGCUACUUUGGUGCUGUCUCUAGUGCAGUCUCCAUCGCUGUAGGUCUCAAUAUUUUGAUCAAGAAAGCACAGAAUUUCAGCCCAGCAACGAAAAUGAUGAUACAGAAGUUUAUUCCCUUCCCAGCUGUAGCCACAGCAAGCACCUGCAAUGUUCUCCUCAUGAGAAACUUUGAGUUGUCAGAAGGUAUUGAGGUGUUUGACCAGAAUGAGAAGAUGGUCGGAACAUCCAAGAUUGCUGCCAGAAAAGCUUUGAAGGAGACGGCCAUGACCCGGAUGUUCCUGCCAGCUCCCAUUCUCAUCAUCCCUCCACUCAUCAUGUCCGUCUUGGAAAAAACCCAAUUCCUAAAGAAGUAUCCUAGAAUGCAUUUGCCCUGUAAUGCAGUUGUGUGUACGGCAGCAUUUGGUCUCGCGCUUCCUGUGGCAAUUGCCCUCUUCCCACAAGUGUCUCAGGUGAACACAUCCGAUCUGGAACCCGAAGUUAAGGGUCUGACUGACGAAUCCGUCCUCUACUACAACAAGGGGCUAUAACAUGUUAUAGCAUGGAGAAGAUGCUAUAAAGAACAGACAAUCAUGAGAAAAUGGAGAUAUUAUAAGUACUGUAUGACAAUAUUGAAUAGUUGUUAUUUAGAAUGAAAAGAAAACAUUUUGAUGUACAUUUUUUUAUGGCACUGUGCAAUAUCAGUGAAGAGUGAUGUUUGAAUGUUAAUGAAACAUAUUCUUGUCUCUCAUUUUCACCUCAUAGCUAGCCCAGGCAUGGUUUUAUGCGAUGUGUAAAUGUGCGUCCAUUACGCAUAAAUGUAGAGAAUGGCCGCAGAAAAAAAUUCACUGCAUCCAGACGGACGUACAAAAUUAUUCAAUUGUACCCACAACACAUCUGUGACUUUGUUAAGUGUUUGGCUGUUUCUUUCAGAGCAGUAAUGUGCAUCAUUUCAUCCAUCAGUCCACAUGAUAAAUGAUUCAUUCCAGGCUAUAAAGAAAUUAUCAAAAUGUACAGUUCUCUUCACUGUUACACUGGUACUUAAAACUAAUGAUUAGGGGUUCCCAGGGCCCCUAUUUUUGUUAGUCGAGGUAAAACCCUGCCAGGUUUUCGGCCUCACAUCACUACAGUCAUAGGUCUUCGCAGUCAAACAUCACUACAGUCAUUCAUGUUCACUGUUUUUAGCCUGGAACCAGUUUCUGUAAAUAUAAACUUUAAUUGAUAUGUAGUAACUAGUGGAUAUUGUAUUCUGACAUGAAUAUCUCAAUUCUAAUUGGUUCACCAGAGAUAUCAAAUUACAUGGUAGUGUCAGACUUGCUUAGUUUUAAGAAGUGGCUUCCACUUCCUGUUGGUUUUCACAGGUGCUUUGCUAAAUGCUUUCAGUAACUGGAAUACUGCUGAGUCAUCGUAAACAACAAACAAAAACCCAUUCAAUCAUGUCAUAUGUUCGAGUGACGUAUUGCAGGGUGAAAGAAACCGCUUGAGUUAGAGCACCUUAUUUUGUUUGAAGUCUGUUGCCUGUCAUUCCAUAAUUCAGAAUGACCACCCACAUGAAACAUUGGACAAAUCCAUACCAUUUCACUCAGUAUAUUUGCUAGUACCAAAGAGAAUGCAUGUUAUUUGUUAAUGAUAGAAUGGAGAUAAACAUACUGUGUUUUCAAUGUAGAGCUGGGUUGCCUGCUUAAGUUAACAUUAUAAAUCUCACUCAGUAAGUUUGAUUCCAAGUUUAGUAUGGUUAAAUCCAUAGUG